AUGUCCUCUCACCAGACCAUUCAUCCGCACACCAUAGCUGUCUCUGUUGCAAACGGUACUCGCACCGAAAACGACCUCGACGAUAUGCCCGGUGGGAUCACUGUUGUGGAUAGCAAAGUAAGAGCAACCCUGAGCGAAGCAGAAGCUACCAUAAGCGAAAAAGCCACCGGCGAAGCAAAAACAGCAGCCGAGGGGAGCAUCAUAUCGGAAAGGAAUCGCAAAGCAAGAGCAACCAUGAGUUGGCUGGAGGGAAACAUGAGCGAAGCAGAAGCAAUCAGGAUGCGCGGAGCCACAGAACGCGAGAGCUAUUAUCGGCGAUUUAUGGAAGCAAGACUAGGAGCGAGCGAAGCAAGAGCAAGGUUGUGGGAAGUAAUAGCAAGAAAGAGCGGAGCAACGGGAGCAGGCGUGAGUGAAGCAGAAGUAGAAGCAAAAGCAAGGUUGAGCGAAGCAGAAGCCAGGAUCGAAGAAGAAAGGCUAGCAUUGAGGAAGAAAAUGAAAGAAAAGAUUAACGAAGCAAGAGAAAGGAUGAACCAAGAAAACGAAUCGUGGAGAAAGGAAGAAGCAAAAAGAGCAGCACAAAGAGCAGCUACGGAGAGAGGAGUCACAGCUGAAGAAGGAGCAGAUCUGGCUAAAGCAAGAGCAGACGUGAGCGCAGGUACUACUACCUCUGAACCGGCCGGUCAGGAUAAGGACGAGGACGAGGAUGAGGACGACGACUUGGACGGGGGUGUAGAACUCGACGCAUGA